UUGUUCCUGACCUUGAGCUGCUGUUGUAAUAAUGAAGCAGAAACGCGUCAACCUGCCUCCCCCAUUUUCAGGAGAACCACCCUCUGCGGCACCCUGGACUACCUGCCCCCGGAGAUGAUCGAGGGCCGAAUGCACGAUGAGAAGGUGGAUCUCUGGAGCCUUGGGGUCCUUUGCUAUGAAUUUUUAGUUGGGAAGCCUCCUUUUGAGGCAAGCACAUACGAGGAGACCUACAAAAGAAUAUCGCGGGUUGAAUUUACAUUCCCUGACUUUGUACCAGAGGGCGCCAGGGACUUCAUCUCAAGACUGUUGAAGCAUAACCCCAGCCAGAGGCCCACUCUGAAGGAAGUGCUGGAACACCCGUGGGUCACGGCAAACUCAUCCAAGCCACCAAGCAGCCACAAAAACAAAGACUCGACGAGCAAACAAUCUUAGGGCGUGCAGGGAGCAACCGGACCCAGGGCUGCUGUGGGAGCUGCUGGGGCGGGCUGCUGGCCUUCAGCUGGUGCCGACGACUGCCAUCUAGGGCGCUCCAGGAGUCAUUUUUCUCUUUCACUGGGCAGGCAGUACUUGGCCUCCCCGUUCAGAAACUCUGUGGCAACAAACACGCCAAAGGAAAGUGUUUCACGAGACUGUGAGCGUCCCUGGUUUGAGUUCGAGGCAGCCGCUCCACAGCCUGUCCUGGGUGAGGCGACCUCCCCGAAGACUCGCCAGGCCUGACUGGGGCGAGUGGCUGCUGAGCCCUGAUGGUCAGUUGAGAGCUGUGCAAUACCUUCCGAGUACCCCAGGGUGUAUGUAACUUAUUGGGGGGCCACGUGUGGUCUAGCUGUCAGAAUGAAUAUGGGAUUCUUCCUUUUAAAUGUUAAAAUAAAGAAUUUUGUGCAGGCUUGUGUGUUCCGUGGCACCCUGUAGGAAUGAUGUCUGCCUGGCCCUCCUGGUGACCGCAGCCUCUGCUGUCUGACACUAUGGUGGCACAUGCUCCCCCACCCCAGGACUGUUAGGGGCAGGUGCUACUUGCGUCUCCAAGCUGUUUGUAAAUGUUACGGGCUGCAUUCUCUGCGUGGAGGCCUGGCCGCGUGCACCCCUGCGCAGAUGCAUUUCUAGAGCACAUGGGGACUCCCACCCGCUCACCACUGGCAGAGCUGGUCUGCCUGUGCCUGGUCCCUUGUUCUGUGCCCCUGUGUCGGGUUCCCCAUGUGUUCCUAGCGGCCGUGCCAUCUGUCAACCAAAGGUGUGGGAAACAGUGGUGAAGGGUAAGGCCCCUGUGAUGUGUG